AUGGCAACAACAACAAAUUAUCAUAAAAGAUUAAAACAACAAUUCAUUAUUCAAUUAUUUAUUAUUUUAUUAUGUUUUAAUGAAAUUUAUUUAUCUAAAUAUUUAUAUAUAAAUAUACCGAAAACAUCAUCAUUAUCAUUUAAAUUAAGAAAAUUAUUUAAUUUACCAAUUUAUAUUAAAAAUAUUAAAAUAUUAAAAUUUUCUGAUUGGUUAAUAAAUGAUUGGUCAAAUGAAAAAAGUUGGCAUUAUUUAAAUAUGGCAAAUUAUGAAUUACCAUUAUAUAUUAAAGAAGAAUAUUGGAUACCAGAUAUAUUAAUAACAAUUUGUGUACCAGAAGCAACUCAUAAAAGUCUUAUUGAUAUCAUCUAUGAAUUUACACAAGAAGAUUAUGAGAAAACAUAUUCUAUUUCAAUAAGAAAUCAAUUUACUAAUACUGGGAAUUACUAUGAUGGUGGAUAUUUAAAUAUACUUUCAUUUCUAAUUAAUAUAUGUCAAUGUUUACGAAAACAUAAUACGAAUUUACAUUGUCCAAAUCCUUGUGCUAAACCAAAUGUCUGUCAUGAUGAUAUGAACAGUAAUGGUUUGUGUAUGAUAAUACCAAAUGAUGAAAUUUUGAAUAAUAUACCAAUAAAGAUACGAAGCAAACUAGGAUCAAUCUAUGCUUAUGAUUAUGAAUGUGUAUGUGUAAAUGGUUACACUUUUAACCAUACAUUAAAGAAAUGUGUACCAAUCAAAAAACAUUGUGAUUCUUCUGUUUGUCUAAAUAAUGGAGAAUGUGAAUAUUUACCAGAAAAUGAACGAAGUAUUCCUGAUAUUGAAUUUAUUUGUAAAUGUCCACCUGCAUGGAAAGGAUUAUCAUGUGAAAAACCAAGAAAUCCUUGUUUAGAAACACAAAGAUUAUGUGGACAAUAUUCUUGUUAUCGUGAUCCAACUAAUUUAAAACUUGGUUAUCGAUGUGAUUGUCCCAAAGGAUAUAAAGCAAUUAGUACAACUAAUCCACAAUGUAUAAAUAUAAAUGAAUGUAUAGAAUAUAUAAAUGAUGAAAUUUGUUUAAAUGGUGGAAUUUGUAUUGAUAAAGAACCAUAUUCAAUUAUUGAACAUGAUGUAAUAGAAGUAACUUAUGGAUUUCAAUGUAUAUGUUCAAACGGUUAUUCUGGACAACGUUGUGAACGUAGGCCGCCGCCAUUACAAUGGACUACAUGGUCUGAAUGGACAGAAUGUUCAGUUAAAUGCGGUAUCGGUGUGCAUAAACGUUUUCGUAAUUGUUCAUUGCCUAAUCGUUGUAUUGGAUCAUAUGUACAAGUCAGUAAAUGUCAAGGUCACGUGUUAUUUUGUGAAAAUGAAGAGAUUAACGAAUUCAUUCAAUCAGGAUCAAAAAUUAUUAAAAGUUGGCAGGGUACACAAUGGUAUCUUCAUGAAAAUUAUACAUUGAAUGAAACAUAUUAUAAGAGUAAUUCAUAUAUUACUCAAAAAAUGUUUAAUUCAACCCAUCUUCAUACUCCUAAUAUAAUCAGUAGUAUAUUAGAAUGGAUUAUCAUUUUACAAUUCAAUUAUCAAUGGACUAUAAAUGAAUUAAUUAUAUUGUAUACAAUUAUAAUGAUGAUUUUAUUUACACCAAUAUAUUUGAUAAUGUUUUGUUUUAUCAAAUUAAUUCAAUAUAUACUAUAUAGAAAUAUCCAUGUUAAUAUGUAA